ACCCACCCUUAACCCUUCACUAGCUAUACACCAAUUUCACUCACAUAGUCCCUCUAGGCUCUAACUUGUACUUCCUUCUCAACAUUUCCUCUUGAAUUCAACCACACAUCUACUACUACUAUUUACACCUCUUCAAUUAUUUAAACACCCCCAUCUCCCUCAACCCAAAAUUCUCUCCAUCCCCCCAAAAAAAUUCCUUCAAAUAUUAUCAUCUUCAUCUCUUUCUUUCUCCCUCAAAACACACAAACAACCCUAAAAGUUACCAAAAAACAACAACAACAACAACAAAAAAUGGAUCAUCCACUAAUCUCUCAUCUUACACAAAACAACAACAACAACAACAAUUCUUCAUCUUUUCUCCUUUCUUCUUCUUCCACUAUCACUAAUACUACUACUACUAAUACUCUCUCAAACUCUUCUUCUUCAACCUCACCUUCUUCAACUAGUAGUAGUAGAUAUGAAAACCAAAAAAGAAGAGAUUGGAAUACUUUUGGUCAAUACCUUAAAAACCACCGACCACCACUAUCACUUAACCGUUGUAGUGGAGCCCAUGUACUAGAGUUCUUACGUUACUUAGAUCAGUUUGGAAAAACUAAGGUUCAUACUCAACUAUGUCCUUGGCACUCAAACCCACCUGCCCCUUGCCCGUGUCCACUUCGUCAAGCUUGGGGAUCACUUGAUGCUUUAAUCGGACGGUUGAGAGCUGCUUAUGAAGAAAAUGGUGGUAAGCCCGAGAUCAACCCGUUUGGGGCCCGAGCUGUUAGGCUUUUUUUAAGGGAGGUUAGAGAUUCUCAGUCUAAAGCUAGAGGUAUUAGCUAUGAGAAGAAGAAACGUAAGAGGGUUCCGCCUGUUAAUGGGGGCCCGAACCCGAUUAUCGAUUCGAUAUCGAUGAUGCCGCCGCCACCGCCACCGCCACUGCACCAAAUGCCGCCACCAGGAAAAAUUAUUGGGAUGACCCUUAACUUCCAUGGUGGAGCUGAAGAAAAUGCUUAAUCAGGACUUUUUUUUUUUCUUUCCCUUUUUAAAAGAUUCCAAGACAAUUCACUUUAUAGAUAAGUACUGAUCGUUGAAUUACUCGAAGCUUUGAAUUAUAAACUUAAGGGUGUUAAAUGUUAAAUUGUUAAUCCCUUCUAUAUUAUCAGAACACUUAAUUUAUUACGUACGUUUAUUU